UCAUACUCUCAACUCCCCUCCAGCGCGAUUCUGAGUUAAAAUGUCCCCCAACAACUCGCCACCUCUAGCCCCUCAGUAUCAGCCGGGCCCCGCAGCAUACAUGCGGGCACCGAAGGGCAAGGCGUGUCUGAAUUGCCGCAGACGCAAGUUGAAAUGUGACUGUGCGCACCCGGUCUGCAGCCAGUGUGUGCGCCUCGGCCGCGAAGGGGACUGCGAGUACUCCGAGAAGGACCAGAAGACUCGCACAGAGAUCCUCGAGGAGCACGUCGCCGCGCUCAAAGCCCGGAUCGUCGAGCUCGAGGGCGCUGCCAAUGGCGGCGCUGGUGUCAGUCACGCGGAUGGAUUUGCCUCUUGGCCCGGUCUCUUGGAUGACGACGACUUUGCCGACCUCGCGGGGACGUCUCAUGACGCGAGGCACUCUGGUGGCAGUCAUGGUUCUAGUCCUGAAUUGACCGGGAGAGGCCAUUCAAUCCCCACCUAUCCCGAGGCGCAGAUCCUCCUUGACGCCUUCUUGCCGCACGCGCAGGAAGUCGGCUUCUUCCUCAACACGGCCCGGUUCUUGAGCAAGGUGUCACAACAGCUAUCUGGCCUCUCCUCUGUCGUAAACUCGUUAUUCGAUACCAUCAACGAAUCCGACCCGCUGCUGAGCGCCGUCUACGUGUGGGGUGCCGCACUGACCUCAGACGAAGACCUCAGAGUGCAACAAAGCGCCUAUCUCGCGAAGGCCGUACGGCAAGUCUCAGAGCUAGGCCCGAACAAGGUCCGCACGAUAAACACUCCCACAGCGCAGCCGAACGUGCUGCACAUAAUCCAGGCCCACGUUCUCCUCGCGAACUACUUCUACAACGCCGGCCAGUUCGCCGAGGGGCGCAGACACACCGCCGACGCUGUCUCGCUUGUCGUGCUCUACCGGCUGCACAAAAUCAGGAGCCCAACGCCACAUGACCGCUCGAAGAUGUCGCUCGCACACGCCGCCGACGAGGAGCUUGCGAUGCGGCCUGCGGCUGACCUGAUAGAGGAAGGCGAGCGAAUACACGCGUUCUGGCAAGUUUGCAUUCUGGACAAGACGUGGGCUGUAGUACUUGGAUGCCCAAGCCUGAUGGUCGCGGACGACAGUCUAGGCGCGGAGAUAGAUACGCCCUGGCCGCUUGCUACUGAACAGUACCGGGAUGGCACGCUUCCGCUAGAUUAUGGCAGCACAGGCCAGACGAUUCAGAGUUACUUGUCGGCGCACGAUGUCCUCUCUUCAUCAGGAUCAUCCCCGCUGGGCCUCCGCGCGCGAGCGUCAGCUUUGCUCUAUCGGGCGUCGUGGUAUGCUUCUUCCGGAUCUACAGACCCAGCGGCGCGAGAAAGACACGCAACGAGCUUCGAGACGACGGAAAAUCUUCUCGACAGGUUUAUUCUUUCCCUGCCGUCCCUCGAAGCUGCGCGCUCGCAGCUCGCACCAGAAGUCCACCGGCACCUCGCUGUUACUCAUUGCCUCGCCCGUCUCGCUAUCGUGCAGCUGCACUGGCCGUUCUACGACGACGAGCUCAACAGCGCCGCCAAGAUCAUGAGUGCGUGUAAGGCGAUCGUGGUCGCGGCGGAGACGGUACCGGCGAGCAUCUUGGCGCACGUAGAUCCGCUGCUUCCUAUAAUCCUGACGACUCCGCCGCGAGUUAUCGCUACAGAGCUCGUCCGCGUCGUGGCCUCGAAUGUGACCGUUUACAAGCGGCCACACAUGUUCUGCGUGAAUCCGCAUAUCAUGGCGGCGCACAUUGACGAGACCAUCGGGAUUAUGCGGCGUGUAAACCGCGACUCGAGGCUGACGGUGCUGCAGCUGGAGGCUGUGAACACGAUAAAUUCUGCCUUAGUGGGUACGGAGUUCCAGAGACCUUAAUGGUUUUGCUGUCUUGCAUUCUUCACCGGCCCCAUGGGCGGAACUACGCGCAUACUUUUACCAACAUCAGUCUCAUCGGCGGGGGAUAGCUGGAAUUGUAAUGAUAAACUCACUAAUACUAUCACUGAGCAUAGAUAUCCUAUGGUAUGCAGACAAGAUAGUGUUACAUGAACGAGAAACACAGGAGAAUGUAGG